UUUUUGUUAAAGUUCUUAUUUAGCAAUUUUUAAUAUUAAGUUGGACUAGGGCAAGAGCGCAACUAUUCAUAUCUUUUCGGAAGCUCUCGAGGCUCUGUUGAAACAAUAUGGCUAAGAAGGCCAGCAAUAGAUGUAUGUUGAACGCCAUUCCUGCUGGCUAUGAGUCGGAUGAAAAGGAACUUGACUUUUAUUUGUCACAAUUGAAGAUCAAACGACUGGAGGAUAUAACGCAUCAGGCCGGCAUCGAUGGUCUCGACUUUGAUGCCACUCUGGAUGGGGAGAUGCUUUCCUUUUUUAAUACAUUUCGAGAGAAAUGGAAUAUGUGCAGCAAGAGCAAGUCGCCGUUUUUGGCAAAGGAUCUAAGUAAAGCACUAGUUUCCGACAGGGAGCCUCUACUAACGGCUUUAAAGAUCUUUGCAAAUUGUCCCGAUUCAAGUCAUGUGAAACCUAAGAGUUUAUCACACUUUGUGCUGGACACAGCGUGUAAACUGCAGGAGGAAUUGCCACAUCUGAGCGAACAAUGUGAUCGCAACACCAGCAUGAUAGCAUUUAAUUUCAUAAAAACGACAACGGGUCUUCUCUCUCUUAAUCAGUCCAUUAUAAAGGCGUAUCGUUUGUAUGAGAUUAGGGAUUUACUCUUGCCCAAACUAAAGGAAAUGCUCGCAAAUGGGCACUGCAAGGAGGUGACACAAUGGGCUAUAAAUUUGAAUAUAACCCAUGAGUUUGAUAUGAUGGAAAUUGCAUUUCCGCUAUUAGCUCAGGAGAAGCUGCCACUAGCUGAAGAGUACCUGGACCAGGCAACAAAUCAACGUUUGCCAUUUGUUAAAUUUCUCGAUUCGCUUCUGCACAAGAAUAAAUCGGUGAUGAACCUGUGUGAGCCUCACUUGGGUCGAUAUAAGAAUAUGAAGAUCUGUCAUAAUGUGCUAAGCUACCGACCAGUGGCCAAAGUAGUGGCUCGUCUGGCCAAAAAAUACGGUUACGAUGAAGCCCUCAUUCCAAAUUAUAAAUUCACAAAAACCAGCAGCCACUUACAUUACCUGUUCCGAGAGUACGAAAAAUCGCGCAUCAAUUUGGCCAGCUAUCGAGAACUAGUCAGUGUACAUGCCCAGGACUAUCCGCUUCAAGUGGAAUUUGUGUCUUAUGUGGCCAAUGCACACGCCUACAAUGAGGCAUUGUAUUGGAUUAAUGUUUUUAAAAUUAAGCCUCACGAUUGUCCGUUUGAAAUUAAAUCCAUCGCUGAAAAGCAGGACGAGAAGGAGGAGACGGAACCGGAAGAGGAGGAGGAGCAACCUUCUAUGUACCUGACUAUGGAUUUGCCAGAUAAUUGCUUGAUCAUAGUGGACACGGCACAGCAAUUCGAAGCCAUGAUGGAACACUUGCAGCAGGAACAUAUCAUCUAUCUAGAUUCCGAAUGGAUGCAAAAUGUUUGCCUAGCAAGUCAGCUUUGUUUGCUUCAAUUAGCCACUUCUAAUCAGGUCUAUUUAAUUGAUUGUUUGGCCCACGAAUCUAUACUACCAGAACAUUGGCGUUUAAUGGGCGCAAAUAUUUUUAAUAAUACAAAUAUAAUAAAAGUAGGAUUCUCAAUUACUUGCGAUUUGGCUAUGCUUCAGCGCUCCCUGCCACUUCAAUUGCGUCUUCAAACGGCCCAUCAUUAUCUCGAUUUGCGAACUGUGUGGCUGGAAUUGAAAAAACAAAAAUAUGGCGUCGAGCUACCUUUUGGCAAUGUCAAUAAAGUUGGUGAAGCUCUCACCGAUCUCACACUUUUAUGCCUGGGCAAGAAACUCAAUAAAUCGAAUCAGUGCUCUAAUUGGGCUAAUCGUCCGCUAAGGCGCGAACAGAUACUUUAUGCCGCCAUCGAUGCUCGAUGCCUGAUGCUCGUUUACAAUAUUUUGAUUGAUCGUGUGCCCUUUAUUAACAGCAUUUUUGAAAAGAGCGUUGCGAGCAAUAAUUUUAUCAGACGUGGCGGUGGAGGAGGUGGCGGCAACUUUGGUAACCUUGCCAAAUAACACAAUUGUUUAAACAUGAUUGAGCGUUUCCUUACAUUCAAUCCUAAGUAUACAGUAAAAGUUGCAAUAUUUGAAUUGAAACCUGAAAAAUAAAGUCAAAGGACAAGCUUUUAUUACCCCUUGCAACAUGCACAAUAAAUGAAGUCCAUCAGUUUGAAGUGAAAUUAUACUUUUCGUUCCAACUGGUACGACUAUGUCGUAGAAUCUCUGGAUUUUCAACGUAUACAAAUUGGAUAUGCUUGUCUAACUCAGAAUUUGAAAAUAAUUUAUUUCCAUUUUUUUCCAAGAUCACAACGAAUUUAAUCUAAAUCGGCUAGGAACGUUUGACAAUGAGCUGAUUAUUGCUAUUAUGUUGUGAUCAGAUCUUCAGAACGUAAACUAGCAAGGUAUGGAAAUUACGGCACAGCCGUAAUAGUAGCUGGACACUGUUUAGAAUUAAGUAUGUAUAGACCCAAGCUGUUGAUAUAUAUAAAAAAGUAGACGUACAUAUAUGAAUUAUUAUGCUACUAUGUAAAAUUAUAAAUUUUUGUUAAAAAGAAGUAUGCUUUUAGUCGAAAUUAAAAAGCAAAUUUUACUUUGUUCUUCCAGAGUUGAAUUACAAACAAUUUAA